AUGGGUGUUUCAGGCAAAGCUUGUGUUGUCCUUAUUUUAUGUUUCGCCACCCUCGCAUAUUGCGGGGUUUCUGAGAAAAUAGUUAAUGUGUUGGAUUUUGGAGCCAAAUCUGAUCCCAAGGUCGAAAGCACCGAGGCAUUCAUGCGCGCAUGGCAAGCAGCAUGCAAGACAAAGGAGCAAACGAGGCUAGUGGUGCCACAAGGGCAGUUCUUGGUGUCCUCCAUGUUCUUUGCAGGGCCAUGCUUGACCCCUGGCCCUGUCACUAUUCAAGUGGAUGGCACCAUUUUGGCUUCCACUGAUCCUUCUGAGUAUGUCAACGCCGAUUGGCUCAUCUUCCAAGACCUCGCCGGCUUUAACCUCGUCGGCGCCGGCACUUUCGAUGCCCAGGGCAAGUCCAUGUGGCCCUCCACCUUCGAUUGUGACUACAAGCCUUUCACUGACUGCGUCAGGCUCCCCAGCACCUUUCAAUUCAACAACGUGAAGGAUGGAGUUGUAGAGAACAUCACAUCAGCGAAUGCCAUGGGGUUAGAUCUAUACAUAAUGAAAUCAUCAAACCUCACAUUUAAGUCAGUGAAACUCAUUGCACCUGCUGAGAGCCCAAAUAACGAAGCCAUUCGUAUUGAUCAAGGUUGCACCAACGUUGUCAUUUCUCAAACCACAAUCCGACAUGGCAAUGAUUGUGCUUCUGUCCUCAAACAACCCAACGAUGCUUCUUUCACCAAAUCCAAAUGUACUCCUCCUUGA